UUAACAUUUAUUCUUUACCAUGGAAGCAAGGCUUAUAUUAUUCCUUAAUAAUAAUCCUUUAAAAAUGUUGCCUCCUUCAUGAACCAUUGUCAAAUUAAACAUCUAAGUACCACAAUUCCUAAUCCUAAUACUGGGAAGUAUAAAGAAAAUGACAUUAAAAUCUAAAAUGGUGGACAUUAAAGUGUCAAGACAAUCAACUAUAUCAAGAAGACGUCAAAUACCAAAAGUUCCAUUAUUCAUGAGAAUUGAAAAUCAGAAAAGUGAUGACUAUGAUCCUAAAGUUGUUUCAUUAGGACCUUAUCACCAUGGAAAGUUAGAACUAAAUUUUGUUGAAGAUUUCAAGCCAAAAGCUCUAGAAAUGUUCAUUCAUGGAAGUGACAAAAAUGAAGACUUCUUCCUUGAAGAAAUUCAAAGGGAGAUUGAUGAUUUUAAAAGUUGUUACCUCGAUGAAUUCGCGAAUAAGUAUAGCGACUAUGAAUUUGCGCGAAUGAUGCUCCUUGACGCGUGUUUCAUACUGAAUGAUAUCGAGAUAUCAACAAGGUGUACACCAGAUUCCGCUUCUAAACAGAGCAACACUAUCAAGCAUCUCGGCAUUGCAGUUUAUUUGAUCACUAGACGCGACUUAUACUUGCUCGAAAAUCAGGUACCUUUUCGAGUUCUCAAACUCCUGGUUAAGUUGAGAUAUGGCGACGAUCAAGGUAGUGUCUUUCAUCCAUUUGAAGAGAAGGUAAAAAGCUAUUGCUCACAAAUGUUUUUCAAUAAGCAAGAGGAGAUCAAAACACAAGAAAACGCGGUAACUGAGACAGAACCGCCUCACCUUCUUGAAGUUUUUCGUAAAGUACUUGUCCAUGGCACUGACGAUGAUGUCAGACAACCGCGUAGUAGCUAUGACUUUCGCGGUUUUUGGAGGAGAAAAUAUGCAGUACACAAACCAGCAUUGCUCACAAAUGUGUUUUGUUCAGUGAUGGAUUUGAAAUCAAAAGGGAUACAUUUUAGACCAAGUGGUAUUGAUUCACUAAAAGGUGUGAGAUUUACAUCUCAUUAUUACUAUGCAAAACUAAAACUCCCAUGUUGGUAUGUUUCAACAUACACUAAAGUAUUCUUCAUGAACAUGAUAGCAUACGAAUUGUGUCCGAAUGGUCCAGUUGAUAGAGCAGUUGUAUCAUACAUAAACUUCAUGAAAUCACUAGUGAUAACAGCAAAUGAUGUGAAAGAAUUGAGAGAACAAAGGAUAAUAUUCAACACAUUGGGCAGUGAUGAAGAGGUUGUACAAGUUUACAAAGGAUUAAAAACAUAUGAGGCAGAUGAUCCAUUACUUUUCAAGAAAGUGAAGAGGAAUAUUCAACAACAUUAUAAUAGCAAAGCGAAGACAUGGAUUGCUGAAUUAAUUGAUACAUAUUUUAAUAGUCCAUGGUCUUUAAUGGCUUUGGUUAUUACUGUUUUUCUUACUUUCUUGACUGUUGUUCAGACUUAUUAUGGCAGCCCAUUUUAUCAUUCUUCAUGAUCAUGAAUGAUAUAUAUAAUAACAACAACUAUUUAUUUCGUGUAA